GUAAUACUAUAGAUAGUAGUUGUGCUUAUAGUAAUAGAUUUGCAUAUAGAUUUUAUAGAUAAAUUGCAUAUAGAUAAAUUUAAACAAGUGAAUAUGAUGCCAAAUUAAAGACCACCAAGAGUGAUCAUUACAUCAUUACACAAGAUCAGAAACACUCUCGUCUCAGAACCAUUAGGGUGCGCUUCCUUUCUGGACAGGAAACGCUGAAUCGUGCCUCCACUGAAAAGCUAUUCUGCGGCUGACCGGAUCAGAGGGCACUGCUGCGGAGCCCAUGCAGCGCCAGUCCAUGGACAAAUCUGGCUCAUCUCUAGCCUAUAGACCUGCCUUUAUCGACUAGGGAAUCAAACACGCAAAGUGAUUCUUCUUUGCCUUGGUAUACAGUAGAAGCCCUGACUGAGAUGUAUGGACAGAACCCUAACUGGUUGUGGUCGAACGGGGCGCCUCUACGCCACCAAGGGCACCUGGGCAGACUUGGCUCAGCAACCCCGAGGCAAUGGGAGGAUGAGGAAGAAGGAAAAGAGGAAGAACAUGCAAUUUGGACCAGGGAGCAUCCAGCAAUCUGUUGCUAUACUACAAAUGGCCAUGGCCUCACCCAAGAGUGUGUUCAGAACCACUGGGGCUGGGCUGGUACCGAGAGUCCCUUUGGCCCUGUCCACACAGACCUAGUUAGCAUCCAAAGCCAGAGUGACACAGGGCUAGAUGCCCCUGAAAUGUGGAUGGAUGUCCCCCCACACCAGCCUUCCUUGGGUGGGGCUGAUGGAGAAGAAUCAUCCCAGCAUUGUUUAGACAGUCAAUGGGGGAGCCACAGGACAGAGGGCCAUGGCUGUGCUUGUGUGCAUGGACCAAGUGAACCAGGAAGAUGUUGCCACAGUUGUGCUGGUUCCCCUCUCUUCUAUUUCAGAAGUAAGAGUAUGUGUCUGUUUAUGUGAAAGAGGGUAAUUCUCUAUGGUGAUCCAGUAUGGCUGCUAUGUAGUAUUUUUCUCUAAUCAAAUACUUCUGUUUCCCAGUGAGGAAGACAAUAAUGGUAGGAGUUGAGGUGGAAAUAGUGGAGGAAGUAGCCUAUGAGGACACAGAGACACUUGAAGUAAUGUAAGUAGUUAAAAUAUUCAAGGUCAUGGUUUAUUUACACAUUGCUGAACCACAUAAACAAAGUAGGGCUAUGCAGUAGAUAAUGUUUGUCUGUCUUUGUUUUUAGAUCAGGAGUCUAUCCAAAUUAUUUGAUGGAAACCAUAUUGCUGCACGAUGACCAGCUUUUCCCCACCUAAACCUGCAUUCCUUCAAAAGUUGUUUGCAAGGGAACUUUGUGUUUUUAAAUGUCAGCCUUGUCGUUUGAAUGUAUUUUAAACGUAUUUAAAUGUAGUUUAAAUCUUAAAAUGUAUUUUAAAUACCGUUUAAAGGCCUUUUAUAUGUCAGUGUUAUGUAAGUGACGUUACAUUAAUUUAAAAAAGAUUUACCCAAUAAAAUAAGAAAACCUUUGCUUGUUGUCUUGAUCUUCUAAUUUUUAUUUUACUAGGCAAGUCAGUUAAGAACAAAUACUUAUUUUCAAUGACUGCCUAGGAACAGUUGGUUAACUGCCUGUUCAGGGGCAGAACGACAGAUUUGUACCUUGUCAGCUCGGGGAUUUGAACUUGCAACCUUUCGGUUACUAGUCCAAUGCUCUAACCACUAGGCUACCCUGGCGCCCCAAUGAAAAUAUAGUGUAUGUAACUUCCAAGACCUUCUGACAGUCUACACCUGCUUUGUCCAUCCAGUGCUCCAGUAUAGCACCCAGGUCUCACAGCCCACCAACACAACCAACUUGAGAAGAUCCAACGACAUGCAACCAAAAUCAUCAUGGGCACCACCUACACCUUCUGCAUGCAAUGACCUGGGCUUGCAGUCCCACCACUGCAGAUCCUUUGUCCAAAAGCUCGCAAAAUCCCAGCAACAAAUAACGUUAGCUGCCUCAGACGAUAGGACAUGUCAGUGUCAGAUCUACCCAUCUAGUCCUUCCCCCUAUUCGGACAGACAGAUACUACAACAGCCCAAUGCCUUACUUUGUGAAGCUGUUUAACUGUAAUAUUGUAUACUACAUCUCAUAUGUUUUAUUUUAUUUACUUACUUACGUAGGCUUACGUAUGCUGCAAUUAAGCUUUUAGCGGCAAAUGUGUACAAUUCAAAACUAACCCUUAAAUGUAUUUUUAUUAUUCAAUUACCACGAAUUCACCUCAGUAAGGCUUACGUCAUCUACAUGCGCCACACAGCCUACGCUUUUAAAAUGCGACAGUGGUGCUGAACAACGAUCGAAAAUCUCCGUAUCAAAUAUGGGUUGGACAUUAACUAGUAAAAUGUAAGGAAUCCCCUUUUAAUGUAAACACAAUUUAGGUUUUACCUAACUACGACAUGUGCGACUCACCAGAAAAUCACCAGGCUCGUCUGCGAAGUUUGGAAGAGUUGACGGAGUUCACCGAGAACUGCCAGAGACAACUGAAUGAGCUGUUCGAGACGCUGGGAUGGAGACAUGACCAGGAUAACGGCCCAGUUCAGGAGCCGAUGGAGAUGUGCCCCUAUGACCCGAACCACAGAGUGCCAAGCAGGAGCAUGGAGAGACACAAAGCCACCUGCCAACUCAGCCAGAUUGGAUACUCCCAUGAGGAACAGGUUAAAGGGCUAUACAGUAUCACACACACAUACUCAACUGAAAUAUCAACUGAGCCAUCAACACUUUUUGGUGUAGCUUGUCAUUAGGGUAAGGAGUUUUUCCUGACCAUAGGACCAGACCUAGAAAAACUGGACCCUAUAACUAGAGCGGACCAAAGUGGUGAGGUCAAAUGAUCAGGAAAAACUCUCCACCCUAAUUAUACAACAACCUUAUCUAUUAUGUUCUUAAAAGCUUUUAUAAAAAGUAAAUUCCUUUCCCAAGGCUGAGAUGUAUGACCCCUCUCUGUGUUAUGAGAAUGCCAGCAUUACCAGCUUCACAAUGGGUGAGUGUCACACUAUUCCACUGCAAAGUGAAUCUCAACUUAAUGUAGUAGUCAAAAUUCCCUGGACUGACCCUGGGUUGGGGAAGCCUACUGCUUAUCUCACAUCUUUCUCUGUGUUUUGCCUCACCUGUAGACAAACACACACAGCAACAAGUGAUUCUUCAAGCAAGAGCAAGUGCACCGCCAAUUAGGACAGAGGGACUGUACAGCCAAAGUAAGAUCUUUACACCCUUACAUUAGUGUUAGGUCACUGAUAAAACCCUAUGCUUGUAUUCAUGGCCAUCAACAUUAGUUAGACUCUGUGGUAGACAUGCCCCACAAAAUAUUUAUGCUUUUAUUCUGGAGAAGCAAUUAACGGUCAUUUCACCAAAGAGCAACCAAUGUUUAGAUUUUUUUUUUACCAAGCUCGUAGGUCUUCAGUGCCUUGCCCACAUCUAAAAAGGUCUCAAUUAACAUGCAUUAAUUCAUUAUAAACACUGCUAAAUAUGGUGGCUGUGUUUUUUGUUUGUUUUUGAUAUAGUUUCUUUGAAUUUGUCAUCUAUACAUGUUCUGUGUUUUUGUUUUCAGUGACAGGGGUGAGUAAUUACAGGAGGUUCUUCCCUCGUUCAGGCUUACUGAUUACGUGCAGUAUCCUUUUAAUGCCAUAUCCUUUCAAACAUGCUGCCUCUGUUGGCGGUGCUUCACACACACGUUUUCCCUGUAACUGUUGGGGAAAUGCCUCUUUUUUUUAACCCUUUCAUACUGAAGGUGUGAGUGAUCAUCUCAAUGUAAUCAAUGUGUUCUGAAAAGCUUUUGAAUGAAUGACUUCUCAUGACUCUACUCUGUGUGAUACUGUUGUAGGAUGUGAGUGUGUGUAAAGCCCUUUUCAUUGUGCUGCAGGUGAAUACUCCACAGACCCUACAGAAGUUCCUCAGAACCAGAACCAGAAGCGAGCUAUCUGUGACCUUACUGUGGCAGACAGAUUGGCUCUUUUUGAUCACGUGACAAGGGAGGGCAUCAAACAGAAGGAUCAAGCUGUUGCAACCAACAACGAGGACCUUUAUGUUGAUUUGGUGGCCAAGCUCAAAAAGGGUAACGAUCAGAACGAGCACAAGUCUCACCUGGAGCUGAUGGCUGAGAUGAGGGACUACAAGAGACGGCGGCAGUCUUACAGAGCCAAGAACGUCCAUAACACCAAGAAGUCCUACACUGAGGUGAUUCGGGAUGUGAUUAAUGUCCACUCUGUUGAACUGUCCAGUCAGUGGAAAGAGGAGGAGAGGAAGGAAGAGGUUAGAGAGUCCAAACAUGGCCCUCACAGGAGAAGUUCUGAGGACAGGCGGUCUGCCUCCAUAGAGUCCCGCCAAUCUCACGCCAGCUCCAGGGAUGGACACGUCUCCCACCACAAACGCCACCGCAGUGAAGAGCGCAGAAAAGACCCCAGCCCAGAGCAGGGCCAGGGGUGCAGCCGAGAGAAGGAGGGAUUCCUGCUCGCCGGAUGAGAGACCUCAUGAUCGGAAGAAGAAAAAGGAAGAUAAGUGAUUUUCAUGUUUAGUACUUUGGCUUGGAAAACCAGAGAUUAGGUCAAGGAGCCAACCAAAGCUACGAUCCAAUGUUCAUAAUAGCGUACCACUUAGUAUGAAGGCGUACAUUCUAAGUGCCCAAUUCAUGGCUUCAUACUAAGUGCCCAAUUCAUGGCUUCAUACUAAGUGCCCAAUUCAUGGCUUCAUACUAAGUGCCCAAUUCAUGGCUUCAUACUAAGUGCCCAAUUCAUGGCUUCAUACUAAGUGCCCAAUUCAUGGCUUCAUACUAAGUGCCCAAUUCAUGGCUUCAUACUAAGUGCCCAAUUCAUGGCUUCAUACUAAGUGCCCAAUUCAUGGCUUCAUACUAAGUGCCCAAUUCAUGGCUUCACACUAAGUGCCCAAUUCAUGGCUUCACACUAAGUGCCCAAUUCAUGGCUUCACACUAAGUGCCCAAUUCAUGGCUUCACACUAAGUGCCCAAUUCAUGGCUUCACACUAAGUGCCCAAUUCAUGGCUUCACACUAAGUGCCCAAUCCAUGGCUUCACACUAAGUGCCCAAUCCAUGGCUUCACACUAAGUGCCCAAUCCAUGGCUUCACACUAAGUGCCCAAUCCAUGGCUUCACACUAAGUGCCCAAUCCAUGGCUUCACACUAAGUGCCCAAUCCAUGGCUUCACACUAAGUGCCCAAUCCAUGGCUUCACACUAAGUGCCCAAUCCAUGGCUUCACACUAAGUGCCCAAUCCAUGGCUUCACACUAAGUGCCCAAUCCAUGGCUUCACACUAAGUGCCCAAUCCAUGGCUUCACACUAAGUGCCCAAUCCAUGGCUUCACACUAAGUGCCCAAUCCAUGGCUUCACACUAAGUGCCCAAUCCAUGGCUUCACACUAAGUGCCCAAUCCAUGGCUUCACACUAAGUGCCCAAUCCAUGGCUUCACACUAAGUGCCCAAUCCAUGGCUUCACACUAAGUGCCCAAUCCAUGGCUUCACACUAAGUGCCCAAUCCAUGGCUUCACACUAAGUGCCCAAUCCAUGGCUUCACACUAAGUGCCCAAUCCAUGGCUUCACACUAAGUGCCCAAUCCAUGGCUUCACACUAAGUGCCCAAUCCAUGGCUUCACACUAAGUGCCCAAUCCAUGGCUUCACACUAAGUGCCCAAUCCAUGGCUUCACACUAAGUGCCCAAUCCAUGGCUUCACACUAAGUGCCCAAUCCAUGGCUUCACACUAAGUGCCCAAUCCAUGGCUUCACACUAAGUGCCCAAUCCAUGGCUUCACACUAAGUGCCCAAUCCAUGGCUUCACACUAAGUGCCCAAUCCAUGGCUUCACACUAAGUGCCCAAUCCAUGGCUUCACACUAAGUGCCCAAUCCAUGGCUUCACACUAAGUGCCCAAUCCAUGGCUUCACACUAAGUGCCCAAUCCAUGGCUUCACACUAAGUGCCCAAUCCAUGGCUUCACACUAAGUGCCCAAUCCAUGGCUUCACACUAAGUGCCCAAUCCAUGGCUUCACACUAAGUGCCCAAUCCAUGGCUUCACACUAAGUGCCCAAUCCAUGGCUUCACACUAAGUGCCCAAUCCAUGGCUUCACACUAAGUGCCCAAUCCAUGGCUUCACACUAAGUGCCCAAUCCAUGGCUUCACACUAAGUGCCCAAUCCAUGGCUUCACACUAAGUGCCCAAUUCAUGGCUUCAUACUAAGUGGUAUGCGUGUGUAGAAAUUGUAGUUUGACUCACAGACAAAUCUUUCUUUGAUGUAAUCUAAUGAUGAUAUUUUAAAGCAACAGUGUAGCUUUAAACAACUGUCUUAAACUAGAGGUUAUUAAAUGCCUGUUGUAUUAGAUUACAGAAUGUAAAUAAACUGUUAGAACACGAUUCUCAGAAUUCUGUUGUACAUUCAUAAUUACCCCUGUAUUUGACUCACUUCCAAAAAAACGGUUUGAUGUUUAAAGUUAAAACAGCAUUGUGUUUGAACUUUGAAUAGAAGCUUCAUAUGUGUACUUUAAUGAUCAUGGUCAUAAUCUGUGUAAAAGCUUUUGUGUGAUGGCCCUUAAGGUUACCUUUCAUUCUCACAAAAAUUACUUCUGUUGUAAAGCCACAAUUACUUUAGAAUUCAUGGAUUUUCAUGGAACAAUUGUCAGUCUUUCCAUGUUGCGACUAGAAAUGGUCAGAAAUAUCUACACAUUUCUAUCAGAUAUGUAUAUUAAUGUAAUCAUUUAGGUGUAAAUGGCCCCUCCCAGGCCAACCCUAUUGGUUGAGACCCCUCAGGGCAGUUUGUGCCUUUCUCAGUGUGUAUUGUAUUGAAUGUUGGACAAGAGUGUCCAUAGUUGGCACACUUUUGCCAGCAGGUAAAAAGGUCAGGCCUGGGGUCAAUGUGCAUCUGUAGUCUUUUAAUGAUGGGAUAAAAAUACUUUUCAAUAUCUGUCACAACACUAGUCAAUUGGUACUGAGGUUGAUCACCUGUUAAACUGUUACUUUAAAUGGGUAUUCAAUUCAUAAUCAGAAUGUCAAUAGCUUUUUUUUUGACUGAAUGACUAUAGAAUUGACCUUAACUGUACUACUUGAACAGCUCCAAAUGUCAACUUUUUAAUGUUUUUAGUUAUUGGGGUAUUCACGACCUGCACAACUGUGUCAGUAUACUGAAAUGGUCACAACAAAAUGGACCCUGCACUAGUCUCAUCUGUUUUAAACCCUCCCUCUCUAAUUCUGUAUUUAUCAUUUUCUCCUUACUCUCUCAUCCCUCUCUUCUGUCUGGGUCUCUGCCCCUGUUUGUAUUUGGGGUUAGGGUUAGUUUUAGGUAUUUCUCACCCUGUCGAGGAGAAGAGGGAGCCGAGCCCGUGGCUGCCUGAGAACCUUAUGGAUCCCUGAGAGAGGGAGAGCAAGGGAGUAAGAGAGAGGAAGGGGGACCAGUGCUGUGAGUGGGGAGCGAGAAUGCUGUAAGGAGUACAGUUCAGGGAGGAAAUAAACUGGACUUUUCUGUCUUAAAAAAAAAAAAAUUACUGUGGGCUAUCUGAUACGUUGAGUGAGGGUCUCAGUGGAUUAUACAGAACCAAACAGACAGAACCAGCACCAUGGGAGCCCCCAGGGUAAAGGUUUUGGUUAUCUCUCCGCUGCUCGUGUUCCUAUUGUGCAUCCUCCCCUCCCACGCUCAGGACGAGUACUCUGGUUACCACUCAGGUGACGAACACACCUAUGAGGGCUCAUUGGUCGACAACUAUGAGCAUUCAGGAUACCCACAGCCAGAGGAAUACCCACCAGAGCCCACUCACAGCUAUGAGGAGCAGCAACCCUCAUCUGGAUAUGACCCCUAUGCACCAGCCCCCACCAGUGUGAGCAUGAUCACAGAGGACUCCUACCCCUACACCACCACCACACAGGUGCCAUACGAGCAGGAGCCCUACGAAGAGUCGCUCCAGGCCCCUGGUGGUGGGGAGGCUUCUCUGGGGGAGGAGGGGCCAACAGACUGUAACUGUGAGCCUGGAGAGCCAGGGUUCGCUGGGUUUGCAGGGCCCAAGGGAGCCAGAGGACUGCAAGGUAAAGAUGGCUUCCCUGGGGCUCAGGGACGGGAGGGGUACAAAGGAUUCAAAGGAGUUCUAGGAAGAGGAGGAGACACAGGGCCUGAGGGUGACUCCGGGCCUGAUGGGGAGGGCGGUGCCUCUGGUUUCUCUGGAGCCCAGGGCUUGCCUGGUCUUCCUGGAGAUCCAGGUGAGACAGGGGUUCUAGGACUGAAGGGUGACAUCGGUAUGGAGGGGCCACGCGGAGGAGUGGGGGUAACGGGUGAGACUGGUCCAAUUGGUGAGGCAGGGCCUGGUGGGCCUGAUGGAACUGGAGGUAUCAAGGGAUCAACUGGAGCAGAAGGGAAACAGGGUCCUGAGGGAACAGACGGGGAAAAGGGUCAGAUUGGAGCACCUGGAUUCUCAGGAGACCAUGGGGAGAUGGGCUAUAAUGGGUAUCCUGGAGAGCCAGGAGGCAGAGGAGAGACCGGUCACAAGGGUGACCAAGGCCCAGGGGGCAUGCCAGGCAGUGAUGGGGAGCCUGGAGAGGAUGGUCCUCUUGGAGUUCCUGGGGUGAUCGGCUUUCCUGGAGAGUUUGGACAAAAGGGCACGAGCGGGGAUCGUGGUGUGAGGGGACCUCCUGGGAGAGUAGGAGCUGGGGGUCCUCAAGGAGCGAGAGGAGAUGCAGGAAUUCCAGGGAAACCAGGACCUAAAGGCCUGCAGGCCCAGCCUGGAGCCAAAGGGGAGACAGGACCUGAUGGUGAGAAGGGUGGGGUUGGAAGAACUGGUGUGAAGGGAGAGAAAGAGGACAAGGGACGUUUUGGAGCACGUGGUGACAAAGGACAGCAAGGGGAGAGAGGUACCAUCGGCCCUGAUGGCAUUGUUGGACGAAAUGGACCCCCCGGCAUCCCAGGCUCCAGAGGAGAGCCAGGUCCAGGCGGUGACCUGGGCGUCAAAGGUGGCUCUGGACCUAAAGGAGUGCCAGGUGCCCCUGGCCCUGGGCUGACAGAUGAGCAGGUAUUGCAGCUGUGUAAAGGAGUGGUGACAGCCCAGAUCUCCCAGUAUGCAGCUUCCAUCCGAGUCAAGUGUUCCCAGGGCUGCCCCAUCAACAACCGCACACUUAUUGGGCCGCCCGGAACCAGGGGACCAACUGGAGAAUCAGGCAAACCCGGUAAAGCGGGCAAAGCUGGAGUCAAAGGAGGCAGGGGCAUCCAAGGGGACACAGGAGUGGAUGGUCAGAAGGGGACAGUGGGUGAAAGAGGAACAAAAGGUCCGAAAGGAAAGGGCGGUGAGCCUGGUAAAGGUUUGCCAGGACACGAUGGGCAUCAAGGCCUCAGAGGGCUGCCAGGCCACCCAGCAGAGCCAAAGAAUGGUUUGGCAGGUCACAGAGGGCCCCGUGGUUUCACAGGCGCUUUGGGCCAGCCUGGCAUGGCAGGCAACGCAGGAGUGCCCGGCUUCUGUGAGGCACGGGACUGCAGCAUUCACGCGCCUGUGAUGCGCAAGGAGCAGGGCCUAGUGAAGGGACCCCGCGAUCUAAGCCCCAAGAUUUAACCCCAACAAGGAGCUUCAGGAAAAGGUGAAGGAAUGGUCCACGACGAGGGGUCACUCUGGACGGUCGCUCCAUGGCAACAUUGAAGUUAAUUCAAUUCACAUCUCAGCCAAACCAGGAAUUGACAUUGAGUUUUGAACUGGGAAAUUACCAAUGUGUACAGCAUUGAUCUUUUUGAAUUUCAUGCCUAAUUCAAUUCCUGUAUUGACUGGUAUUGAAAUGUAAUUAAUCCGAGCACUGUUCAAUGGGGCUCACCAGUGAUGGAAGGGUUUGGUGGGACACGCUGGACUCUGCUCAGAGAUGAAACCAGCCUUGACGCAUUUCAUCUGAGCUAAGCAAGGCUCCAAAUGAACUCUGUUUAGGCAUAAUUGAUACCUUUUUUGUUAGGCCAAAAUAGAUUUUUUUAUGCAGAAACAAAAAAUGAAAUAGUCUUCCUCCAUGCAAACCAUAAGUAAAGGGGCUUGAGAAACUGGCUAAAAGAAAUUGGCAGAAAAUGAAACUUGCAGGAGUCUCUGGCUGCCAGUCAGGUUUUGUUUUUGAUAUGAUCAACAAUGAUGGGUAUACAUUGAAAAUAAAAAGUGAUGUAAAUAAUUUUGUAAAGUAUCGCAAGUACAUGUACUGUGUGUUCUGAAAUAUCACUGUUUUAGAUAAAUUCUGUCUUUUUCUUAA